CUUCACGUUAUUCUCUUCUCUUUUGUGCUGUACAAUCUCCAAAUAUUUCUCUUCCAAACUACUAAAUCAAAUAUGGCUGACCUCGUCUUUGAUCCUCUUGUGGAUGUCAAAAUAUCUAAGGUGAUUUCGGUUACUACCAAGCAGCUCAACUUAGCAGGAACUCAAGAAUUUCCAUAUGAUGCUGAGAAUGCUGAGGGGCGUGCUGCAAGAUGCUGAAUAGAAGAAGGUGACGAGUCACUCUGAUCUGCAGCCUUGGUUUGAGGAGCCCGGCAAUAUAGUUGAUGAAGCUGAUGAUGUGGUAGACGAGAUUGCAUAUGAACACCUACAUGUUACAAGGUAGCUCAAAUGUGGGAAGAGGUCAGUUAUUUCUUUACUCUUUCCAUUCCUUUAGCUCUUCGCCUUAAGAUAGCUAAUAGGAUUAAGAAUUUAAAUAUAGAACUGGCUAACCU